AUGCACCGCUUAAGGACUACAGUUGCAAGGCUUCGGCCUUUAACGGCUGCACAGACAGCCCAGAGCCUAUCACAGCCCAGGCUGUUGGCGAUCGAAGGGGGAUUAAGGACGUUUAAGCCCGUGAUGCGCCUGAACACUUCUGUGGCGGCUGAGCCCUUUCUUAAUGGCACCAGCUCCAACUAUGUGGAGGAGAUGUACUAUGCGUGGCUGGAGAAUCCCAAGAAUGUGCACAAGUCCUGGGAUAUUUUUUUCCGUAACGCUAACGCUGGGGCUCCGCCCGGUGCGGCCUACCAGAGCCCUCCACCCCUCAUUGGGUCUUCUCAGGGACUGGCCAGUGCCCGGGGACUGGUGGGGGCUAAACCGAAUGUGGAGAAACUGGUGGAGGAUCAUCUAGCAGUUCAAUCACUCAUACGAGCAUACCAGGUGCGAGGGCAUCACAUAGCCAAGUUGGACCCCAUGAACAUCAGCUGUGUAGACUUUGACGAUGCGCCGUGUGCCAUUGGUUUCCAGAACGUUGGUUUUUACGGGCUGGUUGAAUCCGACUUGGACAAGGUGUUCCGGCUUCCCACGACCACCUUCAUCGGUGGCAGCGAGGGCUCUUUGCCUCUCAGAGAGAUUAUACGACGUUUGGAGAUGGCCUACUGUCAACAUAUUGGAGUAGAGUUUAUGUUCAUUAACGACAUGGAGCAGUGCCAGUGGAUCAGACAGAAGUUUGAGACCCCGGGAGUCAUGCAGUUCAGUCUGGAAGAAAAGAAGACACUUCUGGCCCGAAUGAUCCGAUCCACAAGGUUCGAGGAGUUCCUCCAGAGGAAGUGGUCUUCGGAGAAGCGGUUCGGUCUGGAAGGCUGCGAAUCGCUCAUCCCGGCCCUCAAGACGAUCAUCGACAAGUCCAGUCAGCGCGGAGUGGAGAGUGUGAUCAUGGGCAUGCCUCACAGAGGGAGGCUGAAUGUGCUGGCUAACGUGAUCCGCAAGGAGCUGGACCAGAUCUUCUGCCAGUUUGACUCUAAACUAGAGGCUGCUGAUGAGGGUUCUGGUGACGUGAAAUAUCACUUGGGGAUGUAUCACAAGAGGAUGAACCGGGUCAGCGACCGGGAAAUCACGAUGUCGCUCAUGGCGAACCCGUCCCACCUGGAGGCAGUGGACCCGGUGGUGCAGGGAAAGACCAAAGCCGAGCAGUUCUACUGCGGAGACACCGAGGGCAAGAGGGCGAUGUCCAUUCUGAUUCACGGCGACGCUGCGUUUGCAGGCCAGGGUAUCGUGUACGAGACGUUCCACCUGUCUGACCUGCCGUCCUACACCACGCAUGGCACCAUACACGUGGUGGUCAACAACCAGAUCGGUUUCACCACAGAUCCCAGGAUGGCGCGUUCAUCUGCUUAUCCUACAGAUGUCGCACGGGUCGUCAACGCUCCCAUCUUCCACGUCAACGCAGACGACCCCGAGGCUGUGGUGUAUGUGUGUGAAGUAGCAGCUGAAUGGAGGAACACCUUCCAUAAAGAUGUAGUCGUAGACCUGGUUUGUUACAGACGCAACGGGCACAACGAGAUGGACGAGCCGAUGUUCACGCAGCCGCUGAUGUACAAGCAGAUCAAGAAGCAGAAAGGGGUCCUGCAGCAGUUUGCUGGAAAAUUAAUCGCAGAGGGAGUCAUCACAACACAAGCCUAUGAGGAGGAAGUUGCGAGGUACGACAAAAUCUGCGAGGAUGCUUACGCUCGCUCCAAAGAUGAGAAGAUCCUUCACAUCAAACACUGGCUAGACUCCCCAUGGCCUGAUUUUUUCACAAAGGAGGGACAGCCCAAAAGUAUGAACUGCCCUUCGACUGGCAUCCGUGAAGAAGAACUCAACCAUAUUGGAAACAUUGCUGCCUCCGUCCCAGAGGAAGACUUCACGAUACACGGAGGUUUGAGUCGCAUCCUAAAGGGCCGCGCAAAUAUGGUGAGUCAACGAUUGUGCGACUGGGCUCUCGGGGAAUACAUGGCCUUCGGCUCUCUGCUCAAAGAAGGGAUCCACGUACGCCUUAGUGGACAGGAUGUGGAGAGGGGCACGUUCAGCCAUCGCCACCAUGUUCUUCACGACCAGAACGUUGAUAAGAGGAUCUGCAUCCCAAUGAACUACGUCUCGCCCGAUCAAGCUCCUUACACUGUCUGCAACAGCUCUCUGUCGGAGUACGGAGUCCUGGGUUUUGAGUUAGGCUUUGCCAUGGCCAGUCCCAACGCGCUGGUGCUGUGGGAGGCCCAGUUCGGAGACUUCCAUAACACAGCUCAGUGCAUCAUCGACCAGUUCAUCAGCUCGGGCCAGGCCAAGUGGGUGAGACAGAACGGCAUUGUGCUGCUGCUUCCUCACGGCAUGGAAGGAAUGGGUCCAGAGCACUCGUCUGCCCGCCCUGAAAGGUUUCUACAGAUGUGCAAUGAUGAUCCUGAUGUUUUCCCUAAACUGUCAGAGGACUUUGCAGUGCGUCAGCUGUACGACUGUAACUGGAUCGUUGUCAACUGCUCUACUCCGGCAAACUACUUCCACGUCCUCCGCAGACAGAUCCUGCAGCCCUUCAGGAAGCCUCUGAUCGUGUUUACUCCCAAGUCGCUGCUGCGCCAUCCUGAGGCCAAGUCCAGCUUUGAUCACAUGCUGCCAGGCACACACUUCAUGCGUAUAAUCCCAGAGGACGGGCCUGCAGCGGCCAGCCCAGAGAAGGUGAAGAGAAUCGUUUUCUGCACCGGCAAGAUCUACUAUGAACUCGCCCGUGAACGCAAGAACAGAGGCAUGGACGACGCCGUAGCUGUCAUCCGUGUCGAACAGCUCUCGCCCUUCCCGUUUGAUCUGGUGAAAGCAGAGACCGAGCGUUAUCCAAACGCUGAUCUGGUGUGGUGUCAGGAAGAGCACAAGAACCAGGGCUACUACGACUACGUCAAGCCCCGCAUCCGCACCACCAUCAACCGCAGCCGCCCCGUCUGGUAUGCUGGACGUGACCCGGCAGCAGCUCCAGCUACCGGAAACAAGCCGACUCACCUCGCGGAGCUGCAGCGUUUACUGGACACGGCGUUCGAUCUGGAAGCGUUUGCGGGACAAGUUUAACAACUCCACUCUCUCCCUCUCAUCUGUCGAGCCUCCUCUGACUUUACCUUUUUGAGGCAAAGUCACUUUGCAUUGAUGUGUUUUUUUUUCUCAAUAUAUUUACACAUCAGACCGGUUCUCAGGCGUCCUCUUUAACCCUUGUGUUGUCUUCCCGUCAACCUUGAAAAAAACACUUUGUUUUCCAACGUUUUUGACGCCUUUUUUUGUUUUUGCUUUUUCCAACGUUUUAAAUUGUAAAAUUUUUCUCAGCGCUUAUUUCUACAUCCCAUAUUUUAUGAUAGAAAACAAAAAUUGGAAACGGGUCAAUUUGACCCGAAGUCAACACAAGGGUUAAACUUAAUGCACAAUGACUUCAAACACUGUUACCAUGAAUACCUCGUGUUCACAGUGACACUUUUUAUAGGCGAAUGUUAAGUUAACCUGCAUUGAAUGUAUGAAUUUAUACAAAAGUUAAUUUGUAAGAAAACAAGUUUUAUCUUCAUUUUUUCAUUUGCUUUCAUUUUGUUAAUUACAAAAUCAUUUUGUGCCUGCUCUGCAUGUUGCAGAAUCGACCGAAAUACUCGAUGCAACCACCUGCUGAACAAAUACUUGAAUAGUUAACAGAUCUGAAAUGUAAAAAAAAAAAAAAAAACAAUCAACCAAAUCUGUUAACCAGCACCUCUAAAGCGCCGAUUAAAGCCCCUACAAGGCGUUUUUAACUG